AUGAUUCACGGGCGAUCCACCACAAGUUCUCCACUCCUCGACUCAGAGAAGACCAACCAAGUAGACGAACGAGAACCUAACCAUAUUAAAAAUUCCGUUCCCCGGCGGGAUCGCGUCUCUAAAGAAAAUGUACCCCGCCGGUCUACUCGUAUCUCUUCCUCUUCCUUUACCUUUCCCACUCGCACUCUUCCCUCUCGCAGCUAUACAUAUUUUUCUACGCAAAGCUCAGACCGUCUACUCAAGCGUCUCCCCUCCCGUGUCGUCUCACAUAUAUUCUUCUUGGCUGUUCAAGACAACAAUAAUGUUCAAGACUCCGAAGACGGUAAAACAUUUACGUGGCAUCCUGCGAUCCUUCUCAGCGCUGUAUCUAAAGACUGGCGGGACGCUGCGCGGGCCACUCCAUCUCUAUGGACACACAUCGUCAUCAAUUUAAGUCGCCAUCACUUGAAGAUCGGUACCACCACCAAAAUGCUGAAACGGUCACAGAAUCUUCCUCUGACAAUGACAUUUCUGUCUGUCCCUCCCGAUAAAAACAACUUAAAAUUUAAAAAGCUGAUGGUAGUUGUCCAAUCACACUCGGACCGCUGGCACACCGUCGGUGUUCAUGAGCUAUCGCUCGAAUACGUGUUUACAGACCUGCGUUCCGUUCUUGCGCUGGAGUACCUGUACAUUGACCUCCCGGCGCAAAGUGUAUACAGCGCAUCUUGUAUGCCGCGAAUACGCUCCCGAUUCUCUGUGCUUCCCAAAUUCUUCUUCGCUCGAAACUGCUUUCCUGAAAAAUUACCUUUGCGCUGGGGAGGUCUGACACAUCUGGAGGUGUGCGGUGUCAGAGUCGAUGAAGUACUUAAAAUCAUUUCUCAGGCUCCUAAAAUCACGCAGCUCAUAGAACGCGUUGGACUUCUGCCUCCUAAAGACUCAUUCCGUCCCCCGUCUUCGCCCAUCGCUCAAAACUCUAUACGAUGCUUGGUGCUGAACGAGAUGGGCAUCUUGCUGAUCUCGAGUCUUCUGCAGUACAUCACUCUCGGGCCGCGGUUCAACUAUCUGGAUUUUACGUACAACAGUCAGCCAGGCACCAUCGACAUUCUCAUCGGCUUCCUCGAGCGCUCUUGCCCAAAUACGCCCUUGGACGUGUUCAUUUUCAGCUGUACCGUGGUCCCCCCGACACAUGUUCCACACGAUGGGCACUGGCUUGGGAAGCUGCAUCAGAUCACGCAUUUGAACUUGAACUUGUCGACGCAGCUUGGGGUGCAUGGUCUUCGGUGGUUGAAUUGUUUUUUUGAGAUGUUCGUUGCAGAGGAAGUUUAUUAUCGUUGGCUUCCUGUGCUGCAGCGCUUGGAUGUAACUGUACCGUUUGACUUGCCGCCACCGACAUGGUUAUUGCUUGCCCGUAUUUUUCCAUGUAAAAGGGGGUAUAUUGAACAGAAUAAUGAGGAGUCGAACAUGAAUUAUAGGAAUUCUAUUCUUUCUAUUGAUCAAGAAGGCACAAGCAACGAAAGACCGCUCAAAUACGUUAGAAUCAAGUCGGAAACAGGACAACAGCAAAAAAUAGCGUAUUUAAAACAGUUUGGAAUUAAGUGCCCACAGCCUCAGGUCGGGAAUGUCAGCGCCAAUGACGACGACAACGACUUGGAUGAUGGCCACGAAAAGUUGAUCAUGGGUGCUGAAGCUCUGGACCUCCUUCUUUCUGCGCGUAAAUCGGGGGUAACGUUAGAGUUGAUCAAUUCCAAAGGCCACGAUGUCCUCAACGGCACGAUGAUUUAG